CACCUGAAGAGAGACCUGUGAUGACAUCAGGAGAAACCCCAGAGUCACCCCACAGUGACAGGAUGUCAACAACACACAUCAGUGAGCCUUUUGGAGCUCUGAGGACCAGAGAGCUGCGAGAGCUGCUGGAGGACGAAGACAAGAUCAGUGUGAUCAUCAGGCGCAGUGAGAAGGUUCAGCGGCUGCAGAGGGCUGCAGAGAAGAUGCUGCUCUCAAACCAAAAACUGGCAAAAGUCAGUCUCUCUCAAAAACCUCAGUUCAGAGAUGCCAAGCUGCUGCUCGCGAUGAGGUACAAGGAACUGGACAAACUGAGGAGCAUCAUCCAGGCCAAGCAGGAGCAGCUGGCAGAGCAACACAGUGUGCAUGGUGCUCAGUGGCGUCUCCUGAGGAGGAUCAACCACGCAGAGGAAGAGUGUGAGCUGCUGUUUCAGAGGCUUUCAGAGAGGAAAAUGCCACUGGCAGAUUUCCUGGAUUCAUUUCUCAGCUCGAGGAAACUCCAACACGUCCGACUGGUCCUGGUGAAGAAACUCCAGGAAAUGAUGGAGCAUGACUCAACACAAAGUCUCAGUGAGAUUCACGCCGAUGUCCAGAACUCCUGCCUCCCAGUCUGCAGUGUGACCACAGCUGUCUUCUUACCCGCCUGCUGCCUCCCUCCUCUCCUCCUGCCCUUGGUAACUCAUGUAAACAGUGUCGGACAGUGUCUGCAGAGUUUAUCAUUUUACAAUGAGUCUCUGCGUGCAGGAGUGCAGGGACGAGGCCACAAAUGGCCAACAAGACCCGUCCGGCUUCAGCCGCUGAAGGUGCAGCAGAGGAGGCAUCAGCAAGCACCACAGUGACGUCCAGACGGUCUCAGAUACUUGUUUUGUAUUUUCAUUAAGUAGCACAGCAUCAAGUAUUGAAAACUGAAAUCCUCAACAUACUAAAAGUCAACACCCGGCCCAGUCUGUUCACCGGACCGCAGAGCAGCUCAGGCUGUGAGACUCCUCAACACGCCAACAUGUGACUUCAUUUAUUAGUUUGUACUAUAACUAGAAUUUUGCUUUAUAAUCUUGUGUUGUUUAAUGAAAGAUGACGUUUGAUCCAUGAUUUUAUUUGGGCAAUUAUUUAUGGUGAGACAACACUAUUACAUUUGGUUUUUCAUAAUGUUGGGGUAGAAAUAAUUAUUAUUAGUCUCAAUUUUAGGUGUUAUAAUGGCAGAAGUAUCAAAAAUAUGUAUGUGUACACAAUGGAUGGAUAUAAAAAGUAUAGAUGCAGUAAUAGAUUAUUUAUUUCAUUGUGGUAUAUUCUUUUUUUUUUGAGAAUUGGACAAUGUCCUGCUCCUAACUUAUGAGAAAACCUUGUUUGGAAAUAAAUUCAUGUGCUUUUGACUUUUUUUUUUCACUCUUUGAGAGGAAAAUCUAAAUUAAGUACCUUUUUCAUUGCUGACAAAUGUAAAGAUAAUAGUCAGGAAAUGUGUCUCUAUAAUUCAGGAAUCCCUAAGUGCCACAAGAACUCAGCAAAGCCUUGAAAAGUAGGAUCAAAUGAUUCAUGUUCAUGGGAAAG